UAAUUUCGAAACGACGUACUAGAUCUCUUAAACCUUUCUCUUUACGAGUUUCUUUAUCUCUGGAACACGGAUUUAGCAGUUAUACGCUAGAAACAAGGCUGCAUUUGAUGGUUUAAUAGCAAGCAAACUGCUCGAGCUAUCAGAAAUGGGAUGGAGGUGUUCGGCAAGUGUUUUGAUUGACUGUUGGAAGCAGGUCACACGUGAAGUGUUCACAGAAGAGCUUUGAAAGAAAGAGACCAUUAUGAAGUUGAAUGAGAAGAGCGUGGCGCAUUAUGCCACAUGCAACUCUCCUCCAGACAAGACAGGCUUCCUCUUUAAGAAAGGGGAACGGAACACGGCCUACCACCGCCGCUGGUUUAUUCUUAAGGGUAACAUGCUGUUCUACUUCGAGGAGAGGGAAAGCCGAGAGCCGAUUGGCGUCAUCGUCCUGGAAGGCUGUACGGUGGAGCUCUGCGAGUCUGAAUCCGAAGAGUUUGCCUUCGCUGUUAAAUUCGACUGUGUCAAAGCGAGGGUCUACAAGAUGGCCGCGGAGAAUCAGCCUGCUAUGGAAUCGUGGGUCAAGGCUCUGUCCCGGGCGAGUUUCGACUACAUGCGGCUGGUCGUGAAGGAGCUGGAGAGGCAGCUGGAGGAGGUACAAGAAGAAGCCAGAUCUUCACAAACCAAAAACAAGCUGAAGAAGCACCAGCCGCAAGUGCAAGGAGCAACAAGCUCCCCCCCCUCAACCUUUUCACUACAGAAUGCCGAAAUUACAGGGCCUUCGCAGGAAGGGGUGUCUAGCAGAGAAAACGGGGUGUCUUGGAGUAAACCCACCAGCUUGCCAAACGGUGUCAGCGAGGGCUGCGUCUGGGAAGGGGACUGUUGUGGGAGGGGGGAUGGAGUCAAACCACCCCCGGUACCUCCGCGGAGGAAACCCAGCAGUGGGUCACCCGAGAGCCCUGUUUCACCCGGCACAGGCUGCUUCUCCAAACUACACGACUGGUACGGCCAAGAGGUGGCUGAACUGAGAACAGAAUGGCUGCAGAGCCAGUGAAUGACAUCCGCACACACGA